GUCAAAAAGGCAAAAGAGAAAAAGGUAAAAAGGCAAAGCAAAACCAAUGGGUUUAUCGGUGGAGUCCCCCAAUACCCAAAACCAAAGCGUCGACACCCCAACCGCACCCUCUUAGCCUAAAUCGAAAGGCCGGAAAAAAUGAAUGACCUCAAGCUGUGGAAAUCGCUUAGCCUAUGUUAAGCUAUCGAGCCUCUAGGCCGAAUUGGAACUGCCAAAGCCUUCUUCAGCGCGCCAUAUAGCAGAGUUUACGCCCCCCCCGAAUCAAAUAUCCGGGAAGCAUGCACGCUCACUUUACAAGCGCACCGGCGAGCUUGGUUUUGUCAACAAAUUAUUGGUUUUAAUUACGAGUCGCGCUAGCUUUUCUACCAAAAAUCUUGGCUGGGAGGUGAGUUGGGCGCUGGGGAUCCACACGCUCAUUUUGAUUUCAUAGCCAUUGCGACACGAAACCAUCCGUUUGUUUGUUCAUUUUCCCACCCGCUCUCAUAUGAUUUGGAUUUGGGACACAUCACAUGUUUGAGUAAAUGGGUCCCAGCUGAUGUGGCAAAACCAGGUACAGGCUUCAAACCAGAUUUCAGAAGCUGCGAAUCAUCGUCUCCAAAAGAAAUAGCUUUUUAGACUGAAAUUCUUCCUCUCUCUCUAACCACAAAAUCUGGAGGAAGAAUUGCUCCAAUGUCGACUGUUUCCAUUCACAGAGUUCAAUUCUUGAUUUUCUCCCAUGGAAGAAUCAAACCUCGCAAAAGAUUUCGCACCACCUAUGCUCCCUCUUGGACCAUGACAAUGGAUUCCAAAUCUUCCAAUACAAGAAAAAUGGAAGAGCUCUCGCUUCGGAUUCCAGCAUCCUCUGUUCCUGAGAAUGAACCGUUAAGGCCGCUUGAUCUGCGGUUUGACCGGCUUCAGCCAUCAGAUCAACAUCUUGUUGAACACAAAAAAUUUGAAUUCGGACAAUUCGUUGCGCGAGAGGCCAUGCUUGAUGAAGAAUACUGGACAGCAGCAUGGUUACGUGCAGAAAGUCACUGGGAGAAUCAAAUAAACGAUCGAUAUGCUGAUAACCACAAAAGGAAAUUUGCAGAGCAGGAGUUCAAUGCCAUAAAAAGGCGAAACAGAGAACAAAUUGGUCAGAAAUGUACCUGCGUUGUCACGGUAAAGAAAGAAACAAAAAAUGUGAAACGCACUGUGCUGAAGAGUAUUGUUGGAACUCUUGAUUUGAGCCUCCAGUACUUGCUGCAUGGAGAGACAUUUCCAGGAGAACGGGUGAAAGCUCGUCUUUUCCGCAGCAUAAACAGGACACCUCCUAAUAGAUAUGGUUAUAUUGCAAACUUAUGUGUUGCCAAAUCAGCGCGCCGCCAGGGUAUUGCAAGUAAUAUGUUGCACUUUGCUCUUGAAUCAGCCAUAUCGGAUGGUAUUGAACGGGUAUAUGUGCAUGUGCAUAGAGACAAUGCACCUGCUCAGGAGCUAUAUCGAAAAAUGGGUUUUGAGGUAAUACUCUAUAGUGGUUACUCGAUUUGCACUUCUGCCUUUCGGUUUGCUGUCUUGUUAUUUGUGGAAUGAGCUGAUGCAGCUUUUUCACACUCUCAGAUUGUUGAAUUUGCAAGCUCUCAAUUAUCAGAAGAGAAAACUUACUUGCUUUGCUUCAGAACGUAAGAGUUUUUUCAAUAGCACAAAUUCAUUUAUCUUGGAAUACUUAAAUGUUUACAGACAACCCUAAGAUGGGAGGGUAAAAACCCAAAAAAAUAGUUGCUGUACAGAAUCCAUUAGUACCUGUCACGUAUGACUUUUUUGUUCUCAGACAGUUAUAAGAAUAUUGAGAUAUAAUCAAUUUUCUGUUUCUUCCUA